CGCUUGGACAGGAUGGCGACGGCUGCGGUGGGAGCGGGUCCCGGCGCGGGGGGCCCGGCUGCAGCGAGCAGCGGUGGCGGGGCGCGCGAGGGCGCGCGGGUGGCGGCACUGUGCCUGCUGUGGUACGCGCUGAGCGCGGGCGGCAAUGUGGUCAACAAGGUGAUUCUGAGCGCCUUCCCGUUCCCGGUGACCGUGUCGCUGUGCCACAUCCUGGCGCUGUGCGCGGGGCUCCCGCCGCUGCUGCGCGCCUGGCGCGUGCCCCCCGCGCCUCCCGUCUCGGGCCCCGGGCCCAGUCCGCAUCCGUCUCCGGGCCCGCUCCUGCCGCCGCGCUUCUAUCCGCGCUACGUGCUGCCGCUUGCUUUCGGCAAGUACUUCGCAUCUGUAUCAGCGCACGUCAGCAUCUGGAAGGUGCCCGUGUCCUACGCACACACCGUCAAGGCCACCAUGCCCAUCUGGGUGGUCCUCCUGUCCCGGAUCAUUAUGAAGGAGAAGCAGAGCACCAAGGUGUACCUGUCACUCAUCCCCAUCAUCAGCGGCGUCCUGCUGGCCACCGUCACCGAGUUGUCUUUCGACAUGUGGGGGCUCGUCAGUGCCCUCGCUGCCACGCUGUGCUUCUCGCUUCAGAACAUUUUCUCCAAAAAGGUCUUGAGAGAUUCACGGAUCCACCAUCUCCGGCUGCUCAACAUCCUGGGCUGCCACGCCGUCUUCUUUAUGAUCCCCACCUGGGUUCUGGUGGACCUCUCGGCUUUCCUGGUCAGCAGCGACUUGACCUAUGUCUCCCAGUGGCCCUGGACGCUCCUGCUCCUCGCUGUCAGUGGCUUCUGUAACUUUGCCCAGAACGUCAUCGCCUUCAGCAUCCUCAACCUCAUCAGCCCCCUGAGCUACUCAGUCGCCAAUGCCACCAAGAGAAUCAUGGUCAUCACGGUGUCCCUGAUCAUGCUGCGCAACCCAGUCACCAGCACCAACGUCCUGGGCAUGAUGACCGCCAUCCUGGGGGUCUUCCUCUACAACAAGACCAAGUACGAUGCAAACCAGCAAGCCAGAAAGCACCUCCUCCCUGUCACCACAUCCGACCUGAGCAGCAAGGAGCGCCACCGGAGCCCAGUGGAGAAGCCUCACAACGGCCUCCUCUUCCCCCAGCACGGGGACUAUCAGUACGGCCGCAGCAGCAUCCUCACAGACCACUUCCAGUACAGUCGGCAGAGCUACCCAAACUCAUACAGUUUGAACCGCUAUGAUGUGUAGAGUCCCGAGGGCAGGACCAGACUGUUCUGUGACUCCUUCCCCCGCCCCCACAGCAGUAUCAGAAACUUCUGACAAUCAGUGAAUGUACAACCCAGCCGAGGGGACGGUGCAUAACUCUGCAUCAGAAGCUCGUGGGCUCCGGGCAAACCUAAACAGAGACUGGUGUCUCGUGCUCUUUCUUCCUGGAGUCUGUCAUCUGAGGGCCGUAUCCCUGCAGAGAUCUUGGCCACGUUGUACCUUUCCAUGUGGAAUUAUUCCAGAUAACACCCAGGACCCGGUCUGGAAAGCUAGGAUCGCUGUGGCUGCAGACCAUGAGCUGGCAGUGGGAGUAUCCAGGACGGUGCUUGAGAACGUCAGACUGCCCACUUUAAUUCCCUGGCUCAGAUAUGCCCAGGACCAACAGGGUCACUGAGCAGACAAGGAGCCUUCGAGAAUCAUUCAGAACAUCCGCAGCCACAGAGAUGGAUCCGGCUUCCUGGUCAUCGUCUUAACGGUUCGCAAGUUCCUGGCAACGUUCCAAAGCAAAAAAAACGGUUGCAAUUAGCAUCCAAUUCCUGCAGCCUGGUGCUCUGCCCUGCACAUCAGAGUUGGCGUCCACCCCGAUCCAGAGGGAAAGGAAAUUGCUCUCUCUGCCUCUUCCUCCCUCGCCAGAGCAGGGCACUUCUCUUAGGGGUAUCAAGAAGGAUCUUCAGGAAAUUAUGUUCAGUGUUUCAAGCUCUAUUUCUGUGGCACUUGUCUUUUCAGAGGAGUCCUCACCGCUUCUCUGAUGACUUGGUAGGUUGUUUGGGAGGUAGAUGUUGGUUUUCUGAGGAUCCUGCAUUUUUUUAGGGAAGAUUUUGUAGUUGUGUGUGUGUGUUUUUGCCUUGGUCCCCAUUACGGGAUGCGUUAGAACUGGCUUAUGGAUUGAAAACCGUGUUUCUAAAGGUUUCAAAACAAAGUUCCCACUGGUGAUGCCUGGGCAACACAUUUUGGUACUUAGUAGGAAAUAAUGAAGUGUUUAAAAGCUUUGAGAGAAGCUUCAAAAUGGACACAAUUGCUGAAAACAGAGUAAAUCAUGAACAUUCUCUCAAUAUUUUGCAUAAUAGGCAAGACCACAGCGUUUUGACCUGUUUGUGUUUGUUAGGAUCUGAAUCAUGUUCUGGUAAGGGGAAAAGGAGCGAACACCGCGCUAAGAUUUGGUUUGCCAAAUCAGAUUCUUUGGUCAAGGGUCAGUCUGGGGCCAGGUGCAGUGGCUCACGCCUGUCAUCUCAGCACUUUGGGAGGCUGAGACCAACCUGGCCAACGUGAUGAAGUCCUGUCUCUACUAAAAAGAUGCAAAAAUUAGCCAGGUGUCGUGGCACAUGCCUGUAAUCCCACCUACCUGAGAGGCUGAGGCAGGAGAAUCACUUGAGCCCAGGAGGUGGAGGUUUCAGUGCGCCGAGAUCAUGGCACUGCUCUCCAGCCUUGGUGACAGCCAAGCACCACCCCGCCCCACCUAAUUCUGUCUCAAAAAAAAAAAGGAGAAUCAGUUUGGGUUUCAGCAGAAAAGACCCCAGUAGGUCUGAGUGGUCAGGUCCGAAUUGUAGUCUCAAUCUUUUCUGGCUUCAUGAAAGGACUGUGCCCUCACGGAGGGGACCACGGCUUGACUUGCUCAUGGGGUCCUAGGUGAUGGCUGCCUUUUUCCUUCCUCACCACACCCAGCUUUUUGCUGGCACUUGGCGGGGAGAGAGCAGCAAAUGAGAGGUUCAUUCACCCUUUAUCUCCCCGUGAGCAAGAUGUUUCCCUGUUCAAAGAGGAAUUAACAUCGCUUAUACAUGACUCCUGUUUUUUUGUUGUUGGUUUUUCUUUCUGUUGGAAUUCUGUAUUUAAGACGUUGUGUCAGCUGACACAUAGGACACUCCUGGAGGUGACUGGUCCCCCGACCCUGCUGGGCGGUGGGUUUCCGCACCACUGGGCUCAGAAGUGUCCCUGUUCCUGCGUCUGUUGUCCGCUUGCUUUGUAAAUACUUUGGUCCCAGGCUGAGACAGUGGCUGCACAGAACAGGAAGAGUCAGUCCUGAAGGGUGCUGUCAGAACUGGCCGUGUACCUUCACCAAAGGCAGUCAAGUCUGCAGUUGGAUUUUUCUCACUGGUGAAUGACAAGAAACGGGGAUGAUUUUGCACUGUGGUGAUAUUACAGAAGUUGUCUAUACGAUUACAGUACCUGAUUCUGUGAACGUAUCAUUGAGCUCCAAAAUGAAUUCGACCUCCAUCCAGGCUUAAUGAAAUCUCUGAUGUUGCUGAAAUUUGUGUAUUAUUUUCCUUUUCCAAUGCAAGACCUGCUGGUGAGAGGAAAUGACUGUCUGGUUUUAUUAUGGUUUUUAAAUUAAUAAAUGGGCUAUUUAAUUCUGUAUAUA